AUGGGUCUUGCAGGAAUUAUUGCUAUUCUUUGUGGGACAAAAGGAAAGAAAAGUAAACCUGUCACUAGCUUUAAAAAACCUCAAAAUAUCACAAAAGGUGAGCAGACUACCAUAUUUGUUAAGCUGUCAUGACUAAUGUAUACUGUUUUGUAUUUUUAUUACAGAAAAAGCAAAGGAAGCGAAGAAGUACCACCAACCAGAAGAUGAGAUGACCUUACUCAGUCUCCAAAGAAAUCCCAGUGUCGAGAAAUCCCGGAUUCCGGACGAUGACACCAUCAGAUUCGUGGAAAGUAUUAAGGCGGAGACCUCCGAAUGA